ACGCUUCUGACGCCCGACCCGCCCUUGUGCCAAUCAUCCUCCGACCCAUCCGCCCGUUUUUAUUUCCUCCCCUCCCCGACCCGCGCUGCCUUGCGUCCUCCCUUCUCCCGCUUCCCUUGUGGACCCCACGUGCCGCGUUCCCACUGAACCGCUCAUCUCCUCGCCCUUCCUUCCUUCCUCACUCGGACCUUUCCAUAGUCAAACCUUCCUACUUCUCACUCUUCUCUUUCUCCUUCUCCUCCUCUCUUCAAGAAAGGCAUGCGCUUGGGUGGUGGUUGGGUGCUUCAUCAUCCGUAGCUGCGAGUUGGUUCUUGGAAGAGGAGGGGGAGGAGGUGGUGGAGGCGAGGGGCCGGCGUGAUGAUGGAGGUGGGGGAGGAUGUGGUGCGGGCGCUGGGCGCGGGGUUCGACCUCACGUCGGACUUCCGGCUGCGGUUCGCCAAGGCUGGCCCGGGGCGGAGGCUGGUGGAGCUCGGCGAGGAGGCCGGGGCCUGCAGGGACGUGCCGCUCCCCGGCGGCGGCGGGGCCAUGCUGCGCGGGGUGCCGCGCGACGUUGGCGUCGACAAGGGCGACCGCAUCCGGUUCCGCUCCGACGUACUCGAGUUUAACCAGAUGUCGGAAUUACUUAAUCAGAAAUCUUCCGUCCAAGGGAAAGUUCCUUCUGGCUAUUUUAAUGCUCUUUUUGACUUAAGUGGAGCUUGGUUGACUGAUACCAAAGAGACUAAGCAUCUGGCAUUUGAUGGGUAUUUCAUUUCCUUGUACAACUUGCACCUGAAAGCUUCUCCAUUAGUUCUCCAAGAUGAAGUCAAAAAGGCUGUUCCAUCCAAAUGGGAUCCUAUUGCAUUAUCCUGGUUUAUCAAAACUUAUGGGACACAUAUAAUUGUUGAAAUGGCAAUCGGAGGUCAGGAUGUCAUAUGUGUUAAACAAAGUCAUUCUUCAACCAUUUCAACUGCCGAUCUAAAGCUGCAUAUGGAGGAUCUUGGUGAUUUUUUAUUUUCUGAUGGAAAAAACCACUCCCCGAUACAUCGCAAGACAAAGGAUGGCAAGAGCAAGGUCCCUGAUGUUUUCGUCAGGAUAGUGCAGCAGCCUAAUAACCUGCACCUUUCUAGCUACUCUGAAUCAUCAACCAAGGAUGGCCUGACAAUUACAUGCUCAAAAAGGGGAGGAGAUGUACACAUACCUAGCCACUCCAAAUGGCUACAAACCGUUCCAAAGAAUCCUGAUGCUAUUUUGUUUAAAUUUGUCCCUAUCACCUCUCUUCUUACUGGUAUUCCCGGUAGUGGUUACCUGAGCCAUGCCAUCAAUUUAUAUCUUCGCUAUAAACCUGAUCUUCACGACUUGCAAUAUUUCUUGGAGUUUCAAGUGCCCCUACAAUGGGCACCUAUGUUCAAUGAGCUUGUCCUUGGGCCUCAAAAGAGAAAAGGCUCCAACCCUUCAAUGCAGUUCAGAUUUCUCGGUCCCAAACUCCAUGUUAGCACUUCUCAGGUAUCUAGCUCUCAGAAACCUGUAGUUGGCCUACGGUUAUAUCUGGAGGGCAAGAAGUGCAACCGGUUGGCCAUCCAUGUUCAGCACCUCUCUAGCGUCCCAAGCAUGCUUGAAGACUCGAUGGUAUCUUCAAUGUCAGAGUGGCGCGAAACAGAAGACACCGACCCAGGGUACAUUGAGGCCAUCCAGUGGAAGAACUACUCGUGUGUUUGUACAUCUGUUGUCAAGUACAAUCCGGAGUGGCAUAAGAGAGCUCAUGGUGGAGUUUUCAUCGUCACCGGUGCACAGCUCAUCACAAAGGGAACCUGGGCAAAGAAGGUUCUCCAUCUGCGCCUCCUCUACACUCACAUCCCAAACUGCACUAUACAGAGAACCGAGUGGACAAGAGCUCCAGCCGCAUCACAAAAGGGAAGCUUCCUGACAACAAUAAGCACAACUCUGAGCUCUCCCUUCACACAGCGCGAUGCGCAGCCUGCCCCGAAGCAUGAGCCAGCACAGCUGAAUUCAGGUGUUUAUCCUGACGGACCACCUGUCCCGCUUCGGUCGAGGAAGCUUCUGAAGUUCGUCGACAUGUCAGAGGUGGUGAAGGGGCCACAUGAUGUCCCUGGGCACUGGCUGGUGACUGCUGCAAAGCUUGUCAAGGAAGGAGGGAAAAUCGGGUUGCAUGUGAAGUUUGCCCUACUGAACUAUGAUGGACAGUCACAGGGUGACAGUUUUAUGAGCUUGAGCUGAUCCUUGUACAUACAACAGAUUGCUGAUCUUUGUAGAUUUUCAGGAUUUUAGAGGCAGCAUUAGGAUAAGGAUUUCUUCUUCUCUCUUUUUUUUUUUUUUUUUUUGCCAACAGAAAUUGUAUAGAGGAGAUAAUAAACCAAUCAGCGCUGUGUUGAGAAUGCUCCAUAAAUUUUCGUGCUGUGUAACUAGAGUCGGUGGUUGUAAAUUAUGAGAGAAUCAUUUCAACUGAGCCAGUGUUUUUUUUUU